AUGGAAUUAGAAAACCAGACAGGUGUAAUACAAUUCUUUCUCUUGGGACUCUCAGAAGAUCCAGAGCUUCAGCCCAUUCUCUUUGGACUGUUUCUACUUAUGUAUCUUGUGACAGUUUUUGGGAAUCUGCUCAUCAUUCUGGUCAUUGUCUCUGACUCCCACCUCCACACUCCAAUGUACUUCUUCCUCUCUAACCUGUCUUUCACUGAUAUCUGCUUCAGCACCACCACUGUUCCUAAGAUGCUGGUAAACCUUCAGAGACAGAACAAAGCCAUCAGUUACACAGGCUGCAUUACCCAGCUUAGCUUUAUCUUACUUUUUGCUGGAAUGGAAAACUUUCUCCUUGCAGCAAUGGCUUAUGACCGUUAUGUGGCUAUCUGUACUCCACUUCACUAUGCAGCCAUCAUGAAAUUCCACCUAUGUUUUCUGAUGACUUUAUUCUCUUUAUGCCUCAGCAUUAUGGAUGCCCUUCUGCAUGGGUUAAUGAUUUUGCAGCUAUCUUUUUGUACACAUCUUGAAAUUCCCCACUUCUUUUGUGAACUUGAUCAGGUCAUUAAGCUUGCAUGUUCGGACACUCUCAUCAAUAACAUUCUGGUAUAUGCAGUGACUAGUGCAUUAGGUGGUGUGCCCCUACUAGGAAUUAUUUUCUCUUAUUUUAAAAUUAUGUCUUCCAUCCUGAGAAUGCCAUCACCAGGAGGUAGGUAUAAAGCGUUCUCAACAUGUGGGUCUCAUCUGUCUGUUGUUUCUUUGUUCUAUGGGACAGCUUUUGGGGUAUAUAUUAGUUCUGCAUUUAAAGAAUCAUACAGGGAGACUUCUGUAGCAUCGCUGAUGUAUGCUGUGCUCACUCCAAUGUUGAACCCAUUUAUCUACAGUCUGAGAAACAGAGAUAUAAAGAAAGGUUUGAGGAAACUCUUUUCCAAAGUAACAUAUCUAUAG